UUUAGAAGAUUGGGUUCGAUCUCUCUCUCCGGUCCCUCUGUCCUCUGUUGUGUCCGGAGCGUAUAUUCUCCGUCUAACCUCGACAGUUGAGUUUUAUACCUUGACAAUUAGGGUAGUUUCAGAUACGUUUACAUUAUGUACGUAUUGAACAGUGAUCUAGAAUGACGACAUAAAACCGACAGUGAUAGGAUGAUGUAUGUACCAGUACAAGCUAGGAGAGGGAGCUAUAUACCGAGUGGGGAGGACGCACAACAACUUCAAAAUCAUUUUCACAUGGUAAAUGGUAGACGUGGAUCAACCAGAGAACUAAACCAGUGCCCAGAUAUCCGGUUAAACCACGGAAAUGACCCGGGAGAUGAACCCGGACACAAUCCUCUACAGCGAAGACGAUCUCUCCCUAAAACCCCGAAGAAGCAUCAGAACUCCGGGCAUAACGGUCACCAAUCAAACCAAACCAAACACAAUCAGAACCAGUCCAGCUAUAAUCAACAGUAUAGUUAUGAUACGGAGUUUGAAAGCCCGACACCAAGCAUGGUUUGGGAUGAAAAGCAACAGGCCUACAUACCUAAAUAUCAGAUAAAGAAGAACCAUUUUGAGGAUCAGUUCGAUCAGUACUUAUAUCAGUCAAGACAUAUCAGCACACCGGUCAUAAAGACUCAUGAGGCACCAGAACUGGUUCUAGAGGUUCCUUCAGAUAGUGAUUCAUCUAGACGUCCUAGUGGUGUAUCUAUCUGUCCUAGUGAUAGGACAGGACAUUCACAAUCCCCUAGAGUUAGCCAGGCCCGGAUAGAGAUCGAAGGAUUAGUUAUACCUGGAGCAGUUAGAAUUCAACGGAGAGCUUCGCAUUGUGGAGAACUUCAGUCUCCAGGAUCCAUGACACCCUUACUCCCAUCCUUACUCAAGGUGCCCCGGAAUAGGAGUAGAGGCCUACCUUGACCUUCUUAAAUACUCCUAGGUGCCCCGGAAUAGGAGUAGAGGAU